AUUUUCUGAAUUCUGACCACUUUUUGAUAGUUCGUAAAGUCCAUCGAUUCUCACAGACCGAAACCAUCCAAAUGGGUCCCCAUCCAGUGAAGAAAUUUCAAUGCCCCGAAUGCUCCAAAACGUUCAAAGACAAGUACCAUCUGAAGGAUCACGAAAUCACGCAUGAUCCUGAUGCAAAGGUGAAAUGUGAGAUUUGUGGGAAAGUUUUGAAAAAUCCAGUCACCUUAAUUUCUCACAUGAGGAAAAUUCACAGUAACCGGGAGCGACCGAAAUGUGCCACCUGUCAGCGAUUAUUUUACAACGCUGCCAGUUUGCGACGACACAUUGCAGCUCGUCAUAGUACGAUGGACCGACCUCGUUUCCCGUGUCAAUUUCUUGGAUGUGAGAAAAUCUACCAAACCAGGGGUGGUCUACGAACACACGUGGUAGCUGAUCACGUCGAAAAUCAGGUCAGAUUUCCGUGCACACUUUGCGGAAAGGACUUUAAAAUCCGAACUGAGCUUGAGAGUCACACUUCCAGACACACGAGGGAGAAGCCAUACAAUUGUGCCACGUGUGGGAGGAGUUUUACCCACGUGGGAGUCAUGAAACAUCACGAGAUGACGCAUUUGGAAGCAUCUAGACGGGUCAUGUCAAAGUGUCGCCUCUGUAUGCAGGCUUUCUCAGAUAAAGAUAACCUGCGACGCCACAUCCGAGUUGUGCAUGAAAAUCCGAGGAAUUAUCCGUGCACAUUUUGUGACAAGAGAUUCGAUAGCGCGUCAAAUUUGAAGCGUCACGUGGAGGGUGUGCAUCCCACGAAUAAGGAGCUGAUCCAUUCCUGUGAAAAAUGUGAGUACAAGAGCCACUCGAAAGCCAAUUUGAGCUUCCACGCAAAACGACACCUAGCAGCCAGUCACAAAUGUUACUUCCGUGGGAAGAAAUUCCGCACUUUUCCUGAAUUGGUACAACAUUGUCGAGUUCAUACAUUAGAAAAGUUAAAAUACGUAUGAACGUAAUUGGCGUAUCAAGUUUGAUUAUUCAAGUUCAUGAUUGUUUUGCUAUGCGAAAUAGUCUAAAAUUAUUGUUACGGGCUGCCAAAGUCUCUCUGCAUGCUCAUUUUCGGCGAUAAAUGUUAAGUAAAUACUAACCCAAUACGCCUCACAUUAAUGCGUCAAAAUAUGCAAAGAGCACGUUGUAAUAAUUCUAGGGUACUAAUGGAGGUCCCCCAACGCAUCUCUUAUAUAUUUUUCAGUGAACAAAAUAUUGUACAAGAAUACAGGUAUACCUGUAUUCAUGUUUUUUGUCUAAAACAUGUAUACAUAUUUCGAACAAAA